AUGCGAUGCUCUCUAGUGUCUGUUUUCUCUGUGCUGAUAACAGUUGCCAAUGCAGGGCUCGUCCAUGUCCCGGUUGUCAAUGAAGUAUUGGACUCGGCGUCGCCCUCAAGCACAUCAGUGGCAGCCCAGUCUCAUUCAGUAAACGGAGCUGAGGCAACUUCCACCAGUUCAUCAUACUGGCUGGCGGACAUCACUCACCAAGGGAUCGCUGCUUUCAAUACUGAUCCAUCUACCUAUGUUGUCUUUCGCAAUGUCAUGGACUACGGUGCCACGGGUGACGGUGUCACGGACGAUACUGCUGCGAUCAACGCGGCCAUCAGUGAUGGCGGCCGAUAUGGCCCAUCCAGCGGCGAAUCGUCCACCACGACGCCGGCGAUUGUUUAUUUCCCGGCUGGAACCUACCUGAUUUCAUCAUCGAUCAUUGAUUACUAUUUCACUCAGUUGAUUGGCGACCCGAACUCGCUCCCCAUAAUCAAGGCAUCCGCUGCAUUCCCGGCAACUUACAUGAUUGACGGCGAUCAGUACCAGGACGACGGAGACGAAGGCUGGACAGCCACCAAUGUAUUCUUCAGGCAGAUCCGAAACAUGAUUCUCGAUAUGACGGAUGUCCCUGCUACCACCGGUGCCGUUGGUAUCCAUUGGCCUACCGGACAGGCAACAAGCAUUCAGAACGUCGAGAUUCUCAUGAGCUCUGAGUCUGGAACUCAACAUGAGGGUCUCUUCAUUGAAAAUGGCUCCGGCGGAUUCGUUGUAGAUGUCACUACAUCUGGCGGCUUGUAUGGUAUCUACGUUGGGAACCAACAGUUCACCAUGCGGAAUCUGAAGAUAUCGGAUGCGGUCACUGGAAUCUCGCAAAUCUGGGACUGGGGCUGGACCUACAUUGGACUCACUAUUUCCAACUGCACCACUGCCGUCGCUGUCAAUACUGGAGGCUCUGACGACCAAGCGGUUGGAUCAGUCACCAUCAUCGACAGCGUUAUCGAGGACUGCCCAGUGUUUAUAGACACUGCAUGGCAGAGCUCCAGCCACAGCAAUGGUAGUCUUAUCUUGGAGAAUAUCUACCUCGACAACGUUCCCGUCGCGGUGCAGGACAACGGCGACACUAUCCUGGCGGGCUCCUCUGGUGAAACAACCAUUGACGGCUGGGGACAAGGCCACAAAUAUAUCCCGGAUGGACCGACCAACUUCCAGGGGACGAUCGCGGCCCCGACUCGGCCCACCGCACUGCUUGCCAGCGGAACCUCAGACUACUAUACCAAGACCAAGCCUCAGUACGCGGCUUCUCCCGUGUCUUCGUUCCUCAGCGUCCGAGACGCCGGAGCGAAGGGCGAUGGAACGACCGACGAUACCGCGGCCAUCCAGGCGGCAUUGGAGUCCGCAGUGUCGUCGAGCCAGAUCGUUUUCUUCGACCAAGGCACAUACAAAGUGACGACCACCAUCGAUGUCCCUGCAGGCUCUCGGAUGGUCGGUGAAUCCUAUCCCGUUAUCAUGGCGAGCGGUGAUACAUUCGCCGACAUCGACACGCCGAUCCCUGUCGUGCGAAUUGGAACAGCCGGAGACUCCGGCUCCAUCGAAUGGUCGGACAUGAUUGUCAGCACGCAAGGAUCAACUCCUGGAGCUGUGCUGAUCGAAUGGAAUCUCGCAGCCACCGAAGGGUCGGGCAUGUGGGACGUUCACGCUCGUAUUGGCGGCUUCGAUGGAUCUGACCUGCAGGUUGCAGAAUGUCCGACAACUGCAUCGGUGUCGGCCACGUGCGAAGCCGCACAUAUGAGCAUGCAUAUAACCAGCGAUGCGAGCAACGUGUAUCUGGAGAAUACGUGGUUCUGGACUGCCGAUCACGAUCUUGACAAUGCAGACAGUACGCAGAUCUCCAUCUACACCGGCCGCGGUCUGUUAGUCGAAGGCGAGAACAUCUGGCUAUAUGGGACAGCCGUGGAGCACCACUCGCUGUAUCAGUACCAAUUUUCUGGGGCUAAGAACGUGGUGGCUGGAUUUAUCCAGACCGAGACACCAUACUAUCAACCAGAUCCCGAUGCUGCCAGCAGUCCUUAUCCGACCAACACGACGCUCAACGACCCCGACUACAGCACCAUCUGUUCUUCUACGUCUGGCAACUGCGACGCUCUAGGCCUUCGGAUUCUCGACAGCGACACAGUCUUCAUUUACGGAGCCGGGCUGUACAGCUUCUUCGACUCCUACAGCACGACCUGCUCCGACGACCCGGGCCCGGAGGACUGCCAGAGCAACAUCUUUAGCGUCGAAGGCACCACCAGCGAUCUGUGGGUGUACACGCUUAGCACCGUCGGGACAACGAACAUGGUCACCGUCAACGGGAGUGCGUUGGCACCCUACCGCGACAACAUCGCGACGUACGCAGACACAAUUGCGUAUUUUACUUUGUAA